AAACGAAUCCGAAGGCACCAACACAAACAUUUUGCCAACCCAGUUUGUUUACGUUUGGUGUAUCCCACACCUCCCAACCCGUCAAGCAAGCCAGAAUGAGUGGCCCGUCCAGCGGUGGUUCGCUGUGGAUCAUAUCGACACUCAGCGCGGACGCACUGAAGACUUCCCUUGACAGCGAAAGUGUCGACUACACGCUCGACCUCCUUCCUAAUGGCGCGGCGCGCAUCGGUUUCAGCUCCGAGGCCGCCGCGCUCAAGGCCCAUGCGGUGCUCAGCCGCGUGCGCAAGACAGGCUUCCAUGCGUCGCCAAAGCUCAGGACGCUGUUGCAGGAGAGGGGAAGUGAGCAUGCGAAGGAGUCCGCUGUUGAUAGAGGAGAAGCUGCCCACGCCAAACACCCAAGAGAGCAGGCAGGCUUUGGCUCAUACGCUUACCAGAAGAGCGUGCAGACGGUGCGCGAAGAAAAAAAGGCGCAUGACUCUACCGACACAUCGCCCUCAACAUCAUGGCCGCCACACCAGCGCCAGCAGCACCAGCACCAGCAGCGACGACCGCCAGGCCCAUCGGGAUGGUCACACGCAGGGGAAUACCAUCAUCAGCCCCAGCAGCCCCAGCAGCACGCGCACUACCAGCACCGCCACCAGCAUCAGCACCACCAGCAGUCGCUGCAGGGGUCCCCACACACACCCGCAUUUGCAUCGCCCCAGCCCCAGCCCCAGCCUGGUGUGAACGCACCACCCUUUUACUACCAACCACAACCGCACCAACAAGGGUAUUACGUGCAGUUUGCUCCUCCACAGCAACAGGGACCGCCGCCACCACAAGCUCCGCAACAGCAACAGCAACAGCAUGCGUUUCCACCCUACCACCCCCACAAUCAGCCACCACUGCUGCAUCACCAACACAGGCAACAACAACAGCAGCACCAGCAACAUCAGCAGCAACAGUACCAGCAGCCGCAACCACCGCGUGGUGGCACGUACGAUUUGCAUGCACGCAACAUUCCCUCGUCCAACUAUGAGGAGUUUCUGUCCAUGAUGUACGAUGCGGGCGCCGUGCGUGUGGACCGCAUGUCCAUCAAGAGCACCGCCGACUACUGUCUCGCCACUGUCAGGUUCCCGACAAAGGCACUGGCGGAGGACGCGCUGAAGAAGUUUGCCGCGUAUCUGCUGGGCACGCGCACGCUCGAGCUCACGCGACACAACCGCUGCCCGCAGUGGACCGAGACCGAACUGAAGCAGCACCUUGAUCCGAAACACACGUUUUUCGUGUUUAUCAAGAACAUCCCGCGUGGCUAUGAGCGCACGCUUGCGGCGCGCGUGCGCGAGCUUGAGGGCUAUCGGCGCGUGCAUGUGACGUUUCCAUCUGGCAAUGAAUCGAUUGUGUUUGCCAAUGCGAGCUUUGCUGACAGGCAGUCUGCGGACGCUGCCAUUCGCAUGCUGAGCACGCUUCGCCUUGGCGACCGUAUCAUUGAGGCACAGCCCAACACCAAGCAGGGUGAGCUGCAAGGAGACAAAGCCUGCGGUGCAGACACGGGUGGCGCGUACAAGGAUGAAGAAGACAUUCGCACACAGUUUGACCUUGAUGCGCCGCGCUCCCACCAGCAUCAGCGCCAUCAGUACCAGCCCCCUCCUGCACCCGCACCAACAUCCCAGCACCACCAUCAUCAGCACCAUCAUCAUCAGCAGCAGGAGUUCGCUGGUUCCAGGCCGCGUGGUGGCGGCCCUCCGUUUGAGCCUGAGCCGCUCAUCCCGCCAACGCCGGCAUCGUCAGCACCAACAACGGCAUCAUUCCAUGGCGGCGCACCGCAACCGCACCAGGCACACUCGGAGCAGUGCCCAUCAUCGUUGUAUGCCAAGUCAACAGCAGCGACGACAGCACCCCACACUGAGGACCCGUACCAGCAUCAACAACGUGCUGAGCCCACCCUGCCGCCAACCCUCCAGCGCCACCCGUACGAGAGCUCAUAUCAGCACCACGACCUCGCGCCGCGGUACGAACCGUUCACCCGGCAGCCGCCAGUGGGCCAUCAACCGGAGCCAUGCACAACAGCAGCACCACCACCACCUCCGGCACACGGCGACGAGAAGGGUGAAGGAGAGGAUUACGAGGCGGCGCUUGAGCCGUUUGAUGUGCUCGUGCACCACAUGGGCAUGCUUGAGCUGGGGCGCGUGCUCCUUGGCAAGCAGCAGGGCGUCAUCAGUAUCACGCCACUGGACGAACAGCAGGGGCAGGUUGCCCGCGUCAGCUGUGCGACGCGUGAGGUCGGCGAGCGCGUCCUGAGGGAGAUGACGAACUUCCCGAUUGGGAAGGUGCAGCUGACGGCCCGCCGCGACCCGGACUGCCCUGCUUGGACGGCGGACGAGCUGUGGUCCGUGUGGGUCGAGCCCGUGCCCGAAGGUCUUGAGGAAGUGCUGCCCUCGCUCGCCAAGGCAAACAGUGGCUUUCACUCCCACACGUACAAGCCGGACGGCAACCGCGUCAGAGGCACAUUCAGGUUUGUGUCGCGGGAGAGCGCGGAGCUGAUGGUCCGCCUGUACGACCAGCGGGAGGUGCUGGGCACGAAGCUCAACGUGUUCCCAGACCCAAAGGCAAAGAACUGGAAGAGCAAGGGCAAGGACUCCACGUCCUCCUCCCCUGCGUCCCCAACAUCCAUCACGCCGGCGCCUGUUGCGGGCCAGGCAAAGCGCAUCACGUUCUACCUGAGCGAGGCAGCCAGGAAGCGUGACCGCAAGGGCUUGACUGCCGCCAUGCCCUGGCCCACCGACACGUACCGCAGCGUGCAGGCGACGCUGGAGCGCGCUGGCGUCAACUUCCAGUCGCUGCAGGUCUUUCUGGACAUGCGCUGUGCAAGCGUUGACGUGGUUGCCGACAGCGAGGAGGCGUUCCGGAGCCUGCUGCCACUGCCCAUUGACACGGCGGGGGCCUGUCGUCUGGAGGCGCGGCAGGCACCGCUGCACCGCAUUGUCGUCACCUGUACCCCGCACAGCAAGCCCACCACGGGCCGCGACAUUGUGCAGGCGUUUGAGACGAACUUUGGCGGCAAGGCAAAGCUUGUGCCCAUCCCACAGUCCCUCAAGGACACGCUGUCCCGCAUCCAGCCGUUUGCCAGCACGCGCAUGGCCGAACAACAACAAGAACAAGGAGCACAACAGCAGGAUGGUGGAGGUCGCAGUGAGGCGCACAAUGCUGCCAAGCCCACGGUUGUGCACGACCCUCAUCAUUACAAGAAAGGCGAUGCUGACAACGACGACAGCAAGAGCAAGAGCAGCAGUGCGUCCUCUGAGACCACGCUGCAGCGCGUGUUUGUGCUGGAGAUAACAGACACGCGUGCGGCGCAUGCGUGUGUCCGCAGGAGGCAGUUUGCCACCUCUGUCUCGCACAAGUUUGUGGCGCGCCUGUGCUACCCGAACGACGUGCACGUGGCUGUGCUCGACCCCAAGCUGAGCGGCCUCCUGUCGGACCUCGUCGAGGCGUUCAACAAGAGCAGCGUGGCCAAGGACCUUGAUGUGCUGGCGGCUGCAACCACAAAUAACCGCAUCUGCUUCACGAGCAGCACCGCCGUGCUGGUGUGGUCGCAGGCCAAGCUGCUUGCAAGCUUCCUCGCGCCUGCCUUCCACCCGUUUGCCCGCAGCGACCGCGUGCUGGGCGACGACAAGAUCAUGGAACACGUCCUGAACGACUACGGCCUGAAGCUCGUGCGCUACCCGACGCUUGACCUGCUGCCCUACGCCAGCACGGCACACAGGGCUAUGCGGGAUGUCGAGUUUGUGCGGCCGUCGCCCGUCACCAGCACCCCACCCAUCGCAUCGCCCGUGGCACCCCAGCACGCCGCAUCACAAACAGCGACAUCAGCAACGCCAACGACAACGACAACAACAUCCACAGCAACAGCAGAUAAUGACGACCCUACGGCCGUUGCGCAGCCGCUGUGGGCGCUGUAUGGGUUUGGCGAUGACAAGCAGGUGGCGGAUGCCAUGGCGUCUGUGAUUGAGCGCAGCGCCAACACGAGCGUCACCUUGUUGGCCAUGUACCCGCACCAGUUCCGGCACUUUGCCGAGGUGGCUGCGAUGAAGGCCACCAUCAUGGCUGGCGUGACAUACAAGCUGGACGCCGUUGCGCCGGCCGUUAUCCUCCGCAGCACAGAUGCAAACGCGCUUCGCUCAUCGUGCGAUGCGCUCGCUGGCGCCAUCUCCGACCUCGUGAUGGAGGAGGUGUGCAUCCCGGGCUCGCUCGACAUGCUGCGGGAGGUGGUGACGUCGACCAAGGCCUCGCUGCUGCAGCACGUGCUGCUGACCAGCCGCGCCCACGAGCGCGACGUGGCCAACAGGGCCAAGCACGCCCGCCCGACUCACCCCGGGCACGGCGACCCGGCCAACGCUCCCUGGCCCUCCAUUGACGGCGGGAAACUGCAGGCAGCCACACACGUGCACCAUCAGGCCGCGGGUGGCGCGCAGCCGUGCGGCCUCACCACUGCCCGGCUGUGGCUGGUGGGGGCACCGGAGCACGUGCAGCAGCUGCGGGACUACCUGCUCACGCUGGAGUGCAAGGAGACGGCGCUGUCGCACGACAUGAAGCAGGCGCUCAUACACACGCGCGACCUGGACGGCGCCGCGCUGCACGCCCAGCUGCAGCAGCGGGGCGCCAUGCUGCUGGAGUACUCGCUGUACUACUACCUGGACCAGGACAGGGAGCGCGGGCUCGGCUAUAUCAACAGCACCGUCGGCGCCAACAUCAAGUCGCAGACGACGAUCAGCGUGACGGGCAUGCAAUACCGCUUCCUGGACUCGCAGCUGCUUGAGCUGGCCCGCAAGUUCCGCGUGUAUGUGCGCAAGCCCAGCGCGGAGGACAGGGACGCGUGCGCCUCAAGCGUGCCCGUGACCGUGGAGGGCAUGCAGCGGCAGCUGACGGCGUUUGACAAUGCGGUGCAGGACACGCUCAAGGAGUACCUGUGCCACGUGCUCGGGCUGCCGGUCAUUGACACGUCGCACGUGCCGGAGAUGUCCGAGGCGGACGUCACCUCCCUGAAGCGCAAGCUGUUCAACGACCUGACCAAGGCCAGCCGCACGCUGUGCCGCAGCAAGGAUCGCGUGGUGAGCUACGUUGCACCACAGGACGUGAUUGGCACGCCCACUGAGCGCAACGUGUGGAUGGUGGCUGGCCGGCGCGAUGUGAUGCAAACGGUCAUCCCGACGAUGGAGUCGACGUUCCGCACCAUCGCCCACAUCCGGCCCACGCGGUACGUGUGCCAGGUGCCCAUGUCCGUGGCCAAAGAUCUGCUGGACAGCGAGCUGGAGCGGCUGCGCAGCAACCACCCGCUCACGGGCGUCCUGGAGACAGACAACACCGCCCUGUUUGACAAGGACAAGGCGCGCUGCGUGCUGGUGCAGUCGCUGCGUGCGCGCGAGGCCGACGAUUGCAAGCAGGCAAUUGAGAACCUGCAGGAGCACGCCAUUGUGCAGCACACGGUUGGCUCGGACAUGGUGGAGCGGUUGACGAAGCUUGCGCUGCCGCAUUUGUCCCUCAAGGAGCUGGACGCCUCUGACCUGGCAGUGAUGGCGCGCGCAGCCAUGGACGAGGUCAACACGGCGCUCGCCGCCAACAAGCACUGCAGCAACACCAAGCUCAAGCUGGUGGACGUCGAAGACGACGACGACGAUGAUGAGCAAGAUGGCGUUUGCGCUGAUGCCGGUCGUACCGCAAGCACGGGCGCUGCUUCGGCAAACUCUGCUGGCACUGGCUCUUUUGAGCAGGCAGCACACGCAGGAGAGACAUCACAACAACGAGCGCAGGGCACGUACGACUCUGGCCGGGGCGACAGCCUGUCGACCUCAGUGCCGGCGCACCAAAGGCCAAAGAAGCUGGUGCUUGAAGGCCCACGCAAGGAGAUGGCGGCGGCGUCCGAGGUGCUGCUGACCACGUGCGAGAGGCUGUUCCCGGCCAAGGUGAAGCAGGCCGUGUGGGAGGUGGAGCCAUACCAGUACCACACCAUCAGCGAGACGCUGCCCGCGGUGCAACUGUAUGCGGAGUCGCUCGGCGUAAUUGUGCGCCUGCUGAAGGAGGCACAGGUGCCGCGUGCGCGCAACGUGCGGCGACGCGUGCGCAGGAAGGCCGGCACGCUGCGCGUGGAGAUUCGCGAGGGAAGCAUCAUCAACGACCGUGACAUGAACGCCAUUGUCAACUCGGCCAACCCGGACCUGAUGAACGACGGCGGCGUGGCGUUUGCCAUCUCGCAGGCCGCUGGCACGGAGUUUGAUGCUGCCUGCAAGGACUCGUUGGAGAGGAGCGGCCCCCUGCGGUGCAACGAGGCGCGCGUGACCACGUCCGGCGCGCUGGCCCUCUCGUCCAACAUUGAGCACGUGCUGCACAUGGUUGCGCCAAAUUUUGCGCCCGAGUUUGGCAGCACGGUGACGCAGACGGCUGCGGACCUGAAGACGGCGUACCGCGCGCUGCUGACGACGGCGCGGGACAACAACAUCCGCUCGCUCGCCACGUGCGCGCUCGGGUGCGGCGCUUUCCGCUGCUCCCCAUACGCGUCUGCACGCGCGCUGUUUGAGGUGAUUGACGAGGUGGACCGCGACGGUACGUUCUUCGACACCAUCCGCGUGACCAUCAUCACCGAGGACGUGAGCACGCUGUCGGCGUUUAAGCAGACGUUUGAGAAGUACUAUGGUGAGAAGGUGGGCAGCGGGCUGUAUGAGGACCUGCAGCGCAGCGCCCUCGAUGCGCCGGCCGAUGAGACGCCUGACCCCAUCCACACGUGGCUGUACACGGGCCCCACGUACACGGAGCCGCCCUCCAAGGCGGAGCUGGACAACAAGGCCGCCUGGAACGGGUUUACGCACGACGCGACGCUGCUGAUUGAAAACGCCUUCAACAAGUACCGGGCUGCCAUCGCUGCCAAGCGCAAGCGCAGCACUGCUGACAACGACGACGAUGAUGAUGAUGAUGAUGCUGGUAAUGGUGGUGAUGGCGAUGAUGGCAGUGAUGGCCAGCGCGGCAGCGUCGGUAAACACAAGGGUGUCGCUGCUGGCGGCGUUGCUGUGGAGCAUGCGCGCGAGAUGCCCAAUGUGAUGACAAAGCCGUGCGGUUGCUUCCCCGACAAGUACCUGCACAAGGAGCACUUCAAGAUGAGUGAGGAGGAGGCCGCCCGCGUGGUCGCCGACGCCCGUGCAACUGCGGCUGCGGAGGACGAGCGCAACAUGCGCCGGACGGUUGAUCCAGAUGUCCUGCAGCGGUGGCUGGAGUACAAGAACCGCAAGGCGUGGAAGUCGGCGCGCUUCUUCAAGUUCAAGAUCCAGUACACGACCAACACCCCCGGCAAGCUGGUUGACCGCUACUUCACGGUGGACUUCCAGGACCACUGGGUGUACGUGAGCCCCAGGAAGGAGCACGUGGGCAUGCACGUGAACGACCUGCAGGACUCUGUGACGCACGUGCUUGCCUGCGACGUGCAGGAGGACUCCAACUACGCCAUGACCGGGGGCGAUGCUGAUGCGAGCACGCAGGCCGGCACCGCCCAUCCCACGACGUCCUCGUCUGUGCCGCUGCACUUUGGCACGAUCGUGGAGGACGGCCCGUCGGGGCCCGAGAAGCUGCUGUGCGUCUUCCGCGGCAUGGAGCAUGUGCUGGAGCAGUGCAAGGCGUGGACGCAACGCCAUGUGCGUGCACACGUGCAGACGUACACGCUCAACAUGCCGCGCAGCCUGGAUCUGUCGGUGAUCAAGGCGGCGUGCGACAAGCACCACGUGCAACACGUGGAGCGGGAGCUUAGCGACGGGCGCGUGCAGUUUUGCGUCGCGGGUCAUACACCUGAGAUUCAGAGGUGGUUCACGUUGUUGGAACCGGAGACCAGCCCCAUUGGCAUUUUCUAUGUCCGGUGCUGCGCCUGUACAUUCAACAUCAGGGUGGUCGUCCCACUCGGGGCCCUCGCUCAGUGCACGGAGCACAUCAAUGCCCACGAUGGCAUGGUGUUUCGCUAUGAAAGGGGCACCACGUCGUCGACGAUGCACGUCGCUUUUCUCACAUUUGAAGCAGCCUACGAUGCCACGGCGGCACUGAAUGAAGCGCAAUUCAACGGUAGGCCCCGCUUUGAGUCCGAGCCAGACCUUCACGAAGGGUGGUUCACGUUGUUGGAACCGGAGACCAGCCCCAUUGGCAUUUUCUAUGUCCGGUGCUGCGCCUGUACAUUCAACAUCAGGGUGGUCGUCCCACUCGGGGCCCUCGCUCAGUGCACGGAGCACAUCAAUGCCCACGAUGGCAUGGUGUUUCGCUAUGAAAGGGGCACCACGUCGUCGACGAUGCACGUCGCUUUUCUCACAUUUGAAGCAGCCUACGAUGCCAUGGCGGCACUGAAUGAAGCGCAAUUCAACGGUAGGCCCCGCUUUGAGUCCGAGCCAGACCUUCACGAAGUUCUGUCCCGGGAUGAGGAAUUACCGCUUUUCCGCUCACAGCUGUGGGUUCUUGGCCAUUGA